GUUUAUUUGCAGAGCCGGCCCUGGAAGGAGGAGAAAUGCAAGAGGAGGGAGAGUGAGAGGGGAGGGUACGUUGACAUCUGUCUGAUACUAGACUGGUGAAUAGGAAGAAGGUCCCAUCUCUGGCCUGUUUGUGGAAGCUGGGAUGAUGAAGGCCCUGCAGUGGGAGCGUGCUGUGGUACAGGGUUGAAGCUCCAGCCCAUGUCUGGUAGUUAUAGAGCAAUUGGAAGGGUUACGUGCAGAGUUCUGGUAAAGAUGGAAGAAUCUCAUUUCAACUCCUCCCCGUACUUCUGGCCAGCAGUGCCCACCGUCUCGGGACAGAUUGAGAACACCAUGUUCAUUAACAAGAUGAAGGAGCAGCUAUUGCCCACAGAGAAGGGCUGCAGCCUGGCUCCCCCCCACUACCCUGCCUUGCUGACAGUCCCCACCUCUGUGGCCCUGCCCACUGGUAUCUCCAUGGACUCGGACACCAAGCCAGAGCAGCUGACACCACACAGCCAAGCCCCUGUGACUCAGAACAUCACCGUGGUACCAGUGCAGUCUGCUGGGCUCAUGACAGCAGGUCCUGGUCUGGUGAUAACUUCCCCGUCAGGUUCUCUGGUGACCACAGCCGCCUCUGCCCAAACCUUUCCCAUCUCAGCUCCCAUGAUUGUCUCUGCGCUACCCCCUGGCUCCCAGGCAGCCCUGCAGGUGGUUCCAGACCUGUCCAAGAAAGGGACAACCACCCUCACUGAAGGGGCUGGGGGAGUUGCUGGGGAUGGGGGUAUCAGCAUCAAGAGUCCUUCUAGAAAGAUGAAAAAAAGACUUCUAGAAAGAUCCCAUCCAGUUUGAGCUGAUCCAUACUGGGGCUUACCCCCAUGUGACACUGUCUCUUCCCCUCGCCCCGGUCCCAGGUGCCGGAUGUGUUCGCUGACCUUCUACUCCAAGUCGGAGAUGCAGAUCCACUCCAAGUCCCAUACGGAGACAAAGCCACACAAGUGUCCUCACUGCUCCAAGAGCUUCGCCAACAGCUCCUACCUGGCCCAGCACAUUCGUAUCCACUCAGGGGCCAAGCCCUACACGUGCAGCUACUGCCAGAAGGCCUUCCGCCAGCUCUCCCACCUGCAGCAGCACACACGGAUCCACUCCAAGCUCCACACGGCGAUUGUCAAGCCGCACAAGUGUCCUCACUGCUCCAAGAGCUUCGCCAACACAUCCUACCUGGCCCAGCACCUCCGCAUCCACUCGGGGGCCAAGCCCUACACCUGCCGCUACUGCCAGAAGGCCUUCCGCCAGCUCUCCCACCUGCAGCAGCACACACGUAUCCACACCGGGGACCGACCCUACAAAUGUGCUCACCCUGGGUGUGAAAAGGCUUUCACCCAGCUUUCCAACUUGCAGUCCCACAGACGGCAGCACAACAAAGACAAACCUUUCAAGUGCCACAACUGCCACCGUGCGUACACGGAUGCUGCCUCGUUGGAGGUACACCUGGCUACGCACACGGUGAAACACGCCAAGGUCUACACCUGCUCCAUCUGCAGCCGGGCCUACACCUCGGAGACGUACCUGAUGAAGCACAUGCGGAAACACAACAUCCCUGACCCACAGCAGCAGGUGGUUCAGGCACAAGCCCAGGCCUCGCAGCAGCAGCAGCACUUCCAGCCGCAGGGCGGGGGGGCAGCAGGGGGCCCUUCUGGAGACACUAACCAACCCAACCCUCCCCCCCAAUGCUCCUUUGACCUGACUCCUUACAAGACUUCAGAGCAUCACAAGGACAUCUGCCUCACUGUCAGCACCAGCGCCAUCCAGGUGGAGCACCUCUCCAGCUCCUAGAGAGACCUCAACCCAGGGAGCAGAACGCCUCUUGUGCAUAGCCUGUGCCAGGGGCACCGCUUAUGCAGCGGCCCUCCUCGUGCAACAGUUUCCGGCCUCUCCUCCUGCAACAGCCUCUUCUGGCCGUUUAACCCUGUUCAUGGCAGCCCCUUGAACAACAGCCUGUCUCAAGGGGGUGCUCCUUCUGUGCAACAGCCUGCCUGGUAGGAGGAUGCUUCCUUGUGCAAGAGCCCCUUUCCUGUGCUGGGAUCACUUCCUCAUGCAAGAGCCCCUCCUUUGAAACCCAAAGAAAGGCCCCUGUUUUGCCUUCUCUCUCACUGUAGGAUGUGUACGAAGCGGGGUUGCGUGUUGAGACACGCAAGGUGGAUGGGAUGGAGAGAUGGCCCUUGUAUAUACAGGGGCUUGGACACAUGUUUUUAGCAGGCCACAGAAGAAUGUGGCAGGGUUGACAGCUGCAUGGGGUUCUUUGAGGAUUGCCUUGAGUGUCUAAGAGAGAAAUAUCCAUUCCUGUCCCUCCUGCUUGUGAAAGGGAGGAGGGGUCGCUCGUCCUGCCCCAGGGACUGGAUGGGAGAAACCUCCUCCCCAGUGGAAGGUGAGACCAGUGGAGGGGGGAAAGGUGAGGCAUGUUCUCUGGGAUGGACAGGUGCCUACACUGCCUAAGGGCUGUGGAGUAUUGCGUUCUUUCUCCUCCCCUGGUGGAGAGCAAUAGAGAGGAGUCUGUCUGAACUGACUGCUGCCUCUCUCUCCCAGCUGUCUGAGCAGCACGAUGGCCCCGUAGGAAUGUGGGUUCCUGCUCAUUGCUCUUCCUGCCUGUUGUGGAUGAUAUCCUAGCAGCUUGUACACCUCCUCCUCUCCCUCCUGCUUUUCCCCCCACCUCCUCAGAAAAGCCUGCAGGCAUCAACAACAAACCAAAAAGCAACUGGAGGGAGAGUAAGAGACUGCCAAAAUAAUCAUCACCCUUCUCUCUACUCCCUUUCCUGAAAGGUGGAAUGACAGCAGUUCUGACACUCACAUACCUGUCCUGCCCCCAGUUUCCCAAAGGGAAAGAGGAGGAGGAGGAGGAGGAGGAAUAGACCAGUCUUUUCAAGGAGCUGGCAGGAGGCAGGGAAAGGCUAGCUUCUCCUGUUCAUCUCCUGCCAGAGUGCUCUCCCAGGCUCCCUCUUGCCAAGACGGGCUGGACUCACAUGGCAGUGGUGGCCUCUUCUGGACCCUGGUAAUGGGAGAGAAUCCCCAAAAGCUGGACAGUGGAGAGAAGGGGAUGAAGAUCCCCACAGAGAGACCAAUCUAAUGAGAAGGGGGAGCCAACAAGAAUAAACUGAAGGCCCCUUGAAUUUAUAUAUAUAUAUAUAUAUAAAUAUCUAUUCCCCACCCCUGGCCCGCUCUGUCCUUGCUGUAACUGUUUCUAUCUCUGUGUUUAUAAAACGCAUUAUCCUGGCGAAUUUUUAUUUUCAAUCUUCGUUUGUUUUUCCCUUUCUCUUCGUCUUCAAUUCUCCUUCCUCUUUUUUUUUUUUUUCUUUUUUUUUUUUAAUUGGUCCACAUGACUGCUAGUCUUGUGUGUUACUUGUUAGUUUCUUUGGAUCAUGGAGGCUGACUUGGAAGAGAAUGAGAAGGCAAGGGAAAAAGCAUGUGUUGUCGGGUUUUAAAAUCAGUCACCCACCCAAAGCCUAUAGAAUCCCAGACUUCUGUAUGAACAACCAAUAGGGGCUUCUAUUUUAUUUUUUUUUAACCACCCUGUAUAGAAAUAAAUUGGUGUAAAAGGCUCCUUGAAGGUGCUGCUGCAAGCA